AUGUCAGCCUCCCGGUCCCUUGCUGCCUGUCGCAGGCUCUCGGGUAGCUGUGCCGCCCUGCGCCAUGCUCGCUGCAAGGCAACUUUAGCCCAAAGAAUGCCGGCUGAAGCGCUCAGCCGUGGCGACUUCGAAGUCACCCCGAGGCAUGUGGAGGCUUAUCGAGAAGACGGCGUUGUCCACCUGCCUGGCGUUUUCAGCCAAGAGUGGGUGCGCUACUUGCAAGGUGCUUUCCACGCAGGGAUGCAACGACCAGGUAAACACGCCGAGUUCAUUGCUCAUGGCACUACUUGGGACACCAUGUUCCAGCAGGGCGCCCAAACGCGCGAAGUGGAGAUGUUUCAGGAUCAGGUCUUCUUCCAGGAGACAGAAGACAGACUCCCGGAGUGGCAGCCUGUCAUCCGCUCGCACGCCGCUGAGAUCAUCGCAAAGCUCAUGGGCUCAGCCUCCGUGUCUUUCUUCUACCUGCACGCCAUCCUCAAGCGCGGUGGGAGCCAGAAGGCCAUCCCGUGGCACCAGGAUUUGCCGUACUGGAAGGUGGAGGGUGGUCAGAUCGGAUCCGUUUGGAUUGCUUUGGAUGACAUGCCACUGCUAGCCAGCGUGCGAUACAUUCGAGGAUCUCACGCUGGGCUCUCGAUGCACUCUGGACAUGAGUAA